AUGCCUAAAAUCACCGUCGCUGUCGCCCAAGCCCGCACCCACUCCACCCUCGCGAGCACCCUCGACGCCCUUUCCCGAAUCACCCACCACGCCGCCUCCCGCGGCGUGCAUCUGCUACUGUUCCCGGAGGCCUACCUAGGCGGGUAUCCCCGAACCUGCUCAUUCGGCAGCAGCGUCGGCGCGCGCCAACCGCACGGCCGCGACCAAUUCCUCUCAUAUUUCCGCUCGGCGGUCGAUCUGGGCGAUACGCCAGCGGGGGCGGGGGACGAUUGGGUCCGCCGCGCGCUGCCGGUCGCCGAGGGGAAGAAUCAUCGCGGAGAUGGCACCCGUGAGGCGCUGGAGAAGAUUGCCCGCCAGACCGGCGUGUUCAUCGUUACGGGGGUGAUUGAGCGCGCAGGCGGGAGCUUGUAUUGUGGUGUGGUUUAUGUGGAUCCUGCGAGGGGGUGUUUGGGGAAGAGGAGGAAGGUUAUGCCGACCGGAACAGAACGCCUCGUCUGGGCCCAAGGUUCCCCCUCAACCCUCAAAGCCGUAACCACGCACCUGAACGGCGUUCCAGUAACACUCGCGGCCGCCAUCUGCUGGGAAAACUUCAUGCCCCUGCUGCGCCAAAGCCUAUACUCGCAAAACGUGAACAUCUAUCUCGCGCCGACAGCUGACGCGCGCGACACGUGGUUACCGUUGAUGCGGACCGCCGCGUUCGAAGGCCGCACGUUCGUGCUCAGCGCGAACCAAUGCGUUCGGUAUAAUGAGUUGCCGGAGUGGAUUACGGCGCAUGGGGAGGGGGGGUAUGCUGCUGCGCAGGGAAAUGCGCCCACGGCGACGAUGCAGACACAUUAUCGGAAACGGUCGGUUACGGCGGAGGGGCCGCAUGAGAUUGUUUGGCCGGAUGGGAAGAAGGGUGAUGCAUCCACCGAAGCCCUAACCUCCCCUACCCACCCCAUCACCAGCACGCUCUCAACCGAAUACGUCUGCCGCGGCGGUUCCUGCAUCGUCGACCCACAAGGGCAGGUCCUCGCCGGACCCAUCUGGGAAGUCUGUGCCGAUGACGCGCCCGAUUCCACGGCGGCAGGGUACACGGAUGGCGGAUUCGGUGGGAAGCCUCGGGCCGUGGGCGACGGGUUGCUCGUGUCGGAGAUCGAUGUUGAGGAUUGCGAGCGCGGACGACUUGAUAUGGAUGUUGCGGGGAGUUAUUCGAGGAAUGACGCGUUUCGGUUGCAGGUUGAGGGGUUGGAUUUGAAUCCGCCUCCUUUUUAG